AUAAUUUCUUGUUAAUUUAGGGAACUCCGAAAUUAGAUGGGACUGUUAAUUGGGGAACAACGAUUAUCAUGGGGAUAUUUGCAGGAAUGUUAUAUGGAGGCAGCAAGGAAGCAGCUGCUUCUGCUAGCAAGGAUGCUGAAGUGACAUUGAAGCUUGGGAGUACCCCAGACAAGCGUGAACAAUAUCGAUUGAUGAGAGAUGGAAUGGACAAGAGGUUUUACAGAGUCACUCAUGGGUCUCUAGUUGGGGGAGUACACCUCGGGAUGUUCACUGCUGCAUUUUAUGCUCUACAGAAUUUGCUCGCGGAGAAACAAGGAGUUCACGAUGUGUAUAAUGUUGCUGCAGCUAGUUCAGCCACUGCUGCAACAUUUGGUCUGAUAAGUAAGAUAUUACCUUGUGCAAUUAUCUAUUCCUCAUGA